CAUUCGAGAACAAGAUCAAAGGUGGGAUAAGCGAUGCUUUAGAUAUAUAAUUUGAUCUUAUCGAAUGGUCUGGUCUUUAAAUUGUUCGUGUGGGCAGGCCAUUCUGAAGAUCUCGCCGGUGGGUAAGGCUUGCAUGGAGGGAUCUUGGCCGUGAGGGAUUGCUGGUGAUUCGAAGUAGGGAUAACUACAAGGAAGUAUAGUACAAGGAGAUUUGAACGGUACUUGGCUCCUUGAUUCAAAUCCACUCACUUACCAUCCACGCUCAUUUAUUUCCAUUCUUCGAUGUCUUCCCUGUCCAUUUAGGCCAUUAAAUUCAACAUAAAAUUACAAAAUGAUUGCACAAAUUCGUAAUACCGCAGCUCUGGUAGCUCUCACAUCUGCCGCCAGCGUUCUGGCUCGCCCUCAUUUCAGUACCCGAGCCACUCAAGCAUCAACCGAUCUUUGCGGCGAUUAUGAUUAUCUCAUUUUAAACAAUUCGCCAUGGAUUGUGUAUAACAUGUUGUACAAUGCAAAUCAGAUCGUGGGAAGUCAGUGUACAUAUUAUGAUAGUAUGAUUACAGGGAGUGAUGGGACUGCUGAGGUGAAGUGGAACAGUGAGACGGAUAUCACUUAUGUUGAGAGCACAAACAAUGUUCCUAAAGGGUAUUCUUUCGUCGGCCUGACCCAGAAUUUGGAAACCCCUCUCACAGGCAUCGCUUCCAUUCCUACAACCUACACCUGGACACGCUCCAACACAACCGCCUUCAAAGGAAACGUCUGCUACGAUUUCAUGACCAACGAUGUUAAAGGUGACUCUACAUCGAGCUCCUCCCAGGAACUCAUGCUCUGGCUCCAAUAUCAAGGUGGUCAAUUACCUAUUGGAUGGGCUGAUGGAAGCGUAGCUACCAUUGACAAUUUAUUUGGUACAAGCUGGGAUUUGUAUCAGGGUGUUAAUGAAGAUACGGGUAUUACGGUUAGCAGUAUGUUGCCAAAAACACAGUUUGAGGGAACCUUUGAGGGUGAUUUGAGAGAGUGGUUGGUUGCGCUUGUAGGACAAGGUCUCUUUACUGAGAGUACUUAUGUUAACGUUGGAAAUGCUGGUACCGAAUUCUUUUACGGAAACGCAAUCAUGAACGCAACCCUUGGUCUCCAAAUCGAUCUCGGUACAGCCACCUCUGCAGCAGUUAAAUUAGCAGCUGUUUCUUCAGCAUCUUCAAGUGCAAGCCAAAUCGCUUCUACUUCAGCGGCAAUCGUUCCAUCAAAUAGCUCAUCAGUCGUUGCUAUUACUACCUCCGCUUCAUCUGCACAAGCAUCAACCAGCACCUCCUCCAUUGCGGCUGUAUCUACAUCAGCAAAGUCAAGCACAAAGUCUCACCAUGUAGCUACUCCUGCAGCACCAGUUAUUGAGGGAUCUACUAUCGCUUCUGCCUCUGUAGCAACAUCAACCAGUAUAGCUGCUAGCUCGGUUGCUGGUAUUGAAACCUCUGUUUCCAGUGCUGCUGUUGCUGCUCCAACUUCGGCUGAUGAAGGAGAUGAUGAGUGUGAAGUCUAA